AUGGCAACUGAAACUACGACAACAGCAACAGAGGAGCAAAUCCUGAAUCUGAACAUCAAUAUCAAACCAGAUGGAAUGAUGCCACCUGUUGUUACUCUGGAUAAAACAUACCACGAUAGUAGUAAUAGCACAACAUCCACCAAUAGUCCAGUAAUUUCAUUAAAGUCACUGGAGUGUCAAUGUCACGGCAUCUCUUCUGAUUUUGAAUGUUUACGUUGUAGAAAUGUGCUCUCGUUUGAAUCCAUUCAGACAGAAUAUAAUGAAACCAAAACUCAGCUUCAUACGCUUCAACGACAAAGAACGGUUUUGCGCCAUGAACAGAACGAAUUAGCCACAAAAACACUGCAACUGGAAAAGACAUUGGCGGAGAAGCAGCGAUCCAUUGAAACAACAUGUCAAGGCAUUCAAUCAUUGCAGCUUGAUUUGAAAGUGUUAGAAGUAAAAUGCAAAGAAGAAACAUCGCAAGUCAUUGAUAUACAGCAAUCCAAGGAAAAUGUAAAGAAAGAACUGGAGGAUUUGACAGUGAAACUAUUUGAAGAAGCCAACAGCAUGAUCACAAUUGAAAGGGCAGAGCAGCAAGUCAUUAAGAGCAGAAAUGACCAACUGCAGCAAGAGCUUGAGGAUGCGCAAUCAUUACUCAAGGAUGCCUCAAUUGAGCUCACACAGAUACGGAACAAGAUGGGAGACAGCAGCCAUGUGUACUCCAUAGAUGAGCAGCCUCAAUCGCCUCAGUCACCCAAUUCAACACAAAUAGAAGAUUGUAAUACACCAGCAGAGAGUAAUGUGAUUGAUACAUACACCCGUGCUCAAGUAGAGACCAUCUUGAUGCAUGGACUCGACUUGGGGCUUCAUAUGGACACAUUGGAGGACCAAAGCGCCCUGGAGGAUUUGAACGACUUUAUACAACUUGUGCACAAAACACCACUCCGCAAAUUACACUCACUGAAAUACAUGCGAUACUGCAUUCGUGAUGAUAUUGAGCCAUGUUUAAGAUUUGGUCCAAAUCCCAAAAUAGCGAGCAAGAAGAUCAUGGAUGCCAUCUUGGUGAAAACAUGCUUUGUAGAGGAGUGUCCAGAAGGAUUUGUAACUGAACAAGCAACACGCCAAUUGAAAGAAGAAGCUUCUGCUACGCUGUGGGAGCGAUUCACAACAUCGUCCGUGUUUCUGGGAUGCCAAGCAUGCGGCAGAGAUGUACACAGAGCAGCCAGACAAGAGGAAUUGAAGUAUCGAUUCAGGAUAUCGUACUUUGACGAGUGGGCUUGUAUUGAUCGUUACUGUCGAGAUAGGCUACAGGCUGUCAUCGAAUUCUACCUAUUUAUAAGACAUCUCCGUGCUGGCGUGUACAAGCACAGAUCGCUCCAUGAGCUAUAUCAGCAAUCCAUACGACUUCGACUGCAAAUGUUUCUAGCCAGAAUGGGAGCUCUUCCAAAUAUGCUGCAAAAUUGUGGUAUCCAUCAUGAGAAGAUUGCCAUGGCUUUUCAUGGUGAGGAUAUCAAUCAUAGUGUCGUAUUACUCUCUGAAUCCACUAUUGAGAGAUUAUCCAGCUCAACCGAAUCAUCCAUUACUGUUUCGACUGUGGAGUCAUCAAGGACAUCUGCAUCCUCUUCAUGCUCUUGA